AUGAAGGGCAACUGGCCCAUCGUGCAUAUCACCAGCUUUCCCUUUCCCUCCCCUCCCUUCGUCCCCCCUCCCGGGCCAACCUCCCCCCUGGUUCUGUGCGCACCAGGCAUAUCAUCAGCUGCUAGGUCGGCUCAGUUGCAGCAGAUGAAGGGAAACUGGCCCGCAGGUCUUUCGAUUGCACGUCUCUUCAACUCGCCCCAGUACCAGAUGCUCUCGCCCAUACAGCAGCAGCACCUGCUGCAGCAGGCACAGGCACAGGGCCUCAUCACCAACGCAGGCGCGCUAGCAGGGCUAGCAGGCGCGGGGGGAGGCGCAGGGGGGGCAGCAGGGGGAGCAGCAGGGGCGGGCGCAGCAGCGGGAAUGCAAGGGGGAGGGGGAGCGGGAGCUGGGGCGGUGAGUGGUGGGGCGGGUUUGGGCGGCAAUCUGCCUGGGCGGGCGGCAGGAGGGACGUCCCUAGUGGGAUUCGGGGCGGGUAUGGCUACAGAAAUGGAAAACCGGCAGCUGAGACAGUUACUGAGUAAGGGGGUAGCUGGGAACCCUGCUGCUGCAGCUGCGAUGGCAGCAGCGGCAGCAGCGGGAGCGGGGGGAAAAGCAGGAGGGGAGGAGGGGGGUGGGUCCCCCAGUGUGGGGUCGCCUGCUGGGUUGCUGCCAUCCGGUGCUGCUGCUGCUGUGGCGGCUGCUGCUGCUCUCAGUCGAGGGGCGUCGCCUCAAGAGCAGCAAGAGAUGAUUCUCAAGCUGCAAGCUCAACGAGCACGGGCCAUGGGCGCGCAGGGGGCCAUGGGGGGCCUGAUGGGCGCACAGGUGAAGCAGGAGCAGCUGCUGCUGCUGCAGCAACACCAGCAGUUGCUACUGCAGCAGCAGCAGCAACAGCAGCAGCAACAACAGCAGCAACAGCAGCAGCAACAACAGCAGCAACAGCAGCAGCAGGUGAUGGGGGCGCCUGGGCAGCACAUGCAGCAGGAGGGGCAUCAGGGGGGGAUGGGACGGCAGGGCAGCAUAGGCGGACCAGUGAGAGCAGCAGGGCAGCAGCAGCAGGGUCAGGCGCAGGGACAGGGACAGGGGCAGGGGGGACAGGGAGGGGCACAGGGGGGGAUGCAGGGGCAGCAAGAGCAGCAGCAGCAGCAGCAGAUGGGUGUGCCUGGUUCUGCUGGUGGCGGUGGUGGUGGUGGAUGGGGGGGAGGUGGGGGUGGUAAUGGCGGAAGUGGAGGGGGCGGAGGGGGUGGUGGCGGAGGAGGUGCAGGGGAGCAGAGCUCUCUCAGUGGCAUGGAGCCCGCACCCAGCAUCACCAGCACAGGCACUGUCACCAAGAGGGGCCAAGGGGGGCGGCUGGGGCGAAAGAGGAAGCAGCCCGGAUCAUCAGGCCCUGCCACCAGCAACGGCACCCCUGCCACUGCUGCUGCCACUGCGGUUCUUCUAACACUCUCCCCUCUCUCCCUUCCCUUAUUCUUUGGCAUGGAAGGGACGCUCUCAGGCGAGCCGUCCCCGGGGAACCAGCUGGUGGAGCUGGAGCGGUUUGGGGUGGGGGUGGGGGACGACGGGUCGCUGGACGACAAUGUGGACUCGUUCCUCUCCACUGACGAUGGCGAUGGCCGCGAGCCGCUCUUCUGCACCGGCAAGCGCAGCAGCAUGGGCAGCAUGGACGGGAAAGGUGGGUGCGUGUGGGAGGGGGGAGGGGGGGAUGGGAGGCGAACUGGUUUCUCCUUCACGGAGUAUGGGUGCCUAAGGGCCAGCUCCACCAAGGUGGUGUGCUGCCACUUCUCCCAGGACGGGAAGCUGCUUGCGAGUGCGGGCCACGACAAGACGGCUGUGCUGUGGGAGAUGGAUUCCCUCUCCAUGCGCGCCACGCUGGAGGGCCACUCGCUGCUCAUCACCGACGUGCGGUUUAGCCCCAGCCUUCCACGUGUCGCCACGUCAUCGUUUGACAAGACCGUGCGCGUGUGGGACAUUGACAAUCCGGCCUUCCCUCUGCGCACGCUAGCGGGUCACAUGACAUCUGUGGUCUCGUUGGACUUCCACCCCGAGGAUGAGGACCUGCUCUGCUCCUGCGACGCUGACGGGGAGAUUCGCUACUGGAGUGUCAAUCAGGAGAUGUGCACCCGGGUGUUCAAGGGUGCCACCACGCAGGUGCGCUUUCAGCCGCGCAUGGGGCGACUACUGGCAGCAGCGGCUGAGUCGGUAGUCUCGAUAUUUGACGUCGAGACAGAGGCCUGCCUGCGCACGCUCGAGCAACGGCACAGCAAGCCAGUCCAUUCAGUCUGCUGGGACGCUACGGGAGAGUUCAUCGCUUCUGUCUCAGAGGAUGCAGUGCGCGUGUAUGCGCUGGGCCCGGGCAACGGGGGCGAGUGUGUGCACGAGCUGGUCAGCAGCGGCAACAAGUUCCACUCGUGCACCUUCCACCCCAAGUACCCCUCGCUGCUCGUCAUCGGCUGCUACCAAUCGUUGGAGCUAUGGAAUAUGGUGGAGAACAAGAGCAUGAUUGUGCAAGGGGCACAUGACGGGCUUAUCGCUGCACUUGCGCAUUCGCAGGCGCGUGGGCUCGUUGCGUCUGCGAGCCAUGACAAAUUCCAAUCUCGUUUCAUGCAAACACCCGCUCAGUCCUCAGCCUCCCGUCGCGAAGGCUCCAUGAUUCCCACUCCCGGUACGCGCCUCUCAUCAAUGCACGCGCCAUCAACCGCCGCGAAAAGCGCCGUCAGAGGCGGCGCCAGCAGCGUUACAGGCCGAGUUUCCGCAACUCCCCGCGCGAGCCUCACCCCCGCGCAAGCCUCCGCGGGAUCCCGCGCGGGAGCCAGCAGAGGCGGCGGAUCUACCACGGGGCUCGCGAGCAGAACCAGCGCUGGCGGAAGAGGCGCAUCCGGGGCUGGCGGAGCAGGCGGAGCGGGCGGAGCAGGUGUCCGCGCGGCCCCCAGUGCGGCGAAAGGCGUUUCGCAGGCAGCGGGGAGGGGGAGAUUUGAAGGGCCUCAAUAUCAAACUCCCAUGGGGAGAGGGCGAGGGGGGAAUGCAGCGGCGCAGUACCAGACUCCUCAUGGUAGAGGUGGAGGAGGGAUCAAGGGACGCCUUUUCCAGACUCCAAUGACUGGAAGGGGGGAAGGGGGAAUGGGUACUGGCGGGAGGGAGGGGAGAGUGGCGAUGGUGGUGGGGGGACGAGGAGACGGAGGAGGGGAGAGAGCAGGUGGUAGGGGAGGUGGUGGGGGAGGUGGUAGGGGAGUUAACCCUGAGAACCGAAACGUGACUCUUGUGCCGACAGGCGAGGCUCUGGAAGGUGGUGAGGUGGCAGAAGGGACGGCCGCCGUGUCAGCAGCGCGGGAUGCUGAUGUGGCAGGAACAGCAGGUGGAGAGGAUGUGUCGGUAGGAGAGAGGGAAGGGGACGCGCAAGGGGCGGAAGGGGCUACUACCAGCUAUGACAGGGGCGAGGAGGAAGGGGCAACUAUCACUGACCAGGGGGAGGAGGGCGGGGCAAUCAGCGGUGACAGGGGCGAGGAGGGAGAAGAGACCAGCGCUGCCCUGGGAGAACCGGACGAGGCUACUGUAGCUGGUGGGAUGUUGGCGCUGCAACUGGCUCAUGUGGCUGGCGAGCACAAGGAGAGGGAGCAGGCGGAGGGGGAGCAGGCGGAGGGGGAGCAGGCGGAGGGGGAGCAGGCGGAGGGGGAGCAGGCGGAGGGGGAGCAGACGGAGGGGGAGCAGACGGAGGGGAAGCAGACGGAAGGGGAGCAGGCGGAGGGGGACCAGGAGGAAAGUGCGAGAUGCUCUGUGAGUAGUGACGGCAGUGGUUUUGCUGCGUUGCUAGAAGCAGCGGGAGCAGUUGGAGCAGCUGGUGGUGGUGGUGGUUUUGCUGCUGAUGUUGCUGGUGCUGCUCCCGAUAUGCAAGAUGCUUCUCGCCGUGGUGAUGUUGGUGCUACUGCUGGCGCUUCAUUUGUUUCAGCGAAUUCGGAUGGCUCGGUGCACAGCAACGCAGGCUCGGUGCACAGCCAUGGGGAUCUGGAUCUGGUAGCCUCGGGCUCUGUGGGUUCGGAAAGUAGUGAAAGGGGUGAGAGGGGCGAGAGCGGCGAGGAGGAGGGGAUGGUGCCGGCAGUGGCAGCAGUACUGGAAGAGCUGUCGGGCCUCCCGUGGUCGAAUCAAGCAGCAAUUGUGAGGAACAGGGAGUUGCAGGUGCAGGCGAUGCUGGUGCUGCAAGAAGAGGCUGCUGAGGAGAGGAACCGAGAGAACAUGGCGAUGCUGGUGCUGCAAGAAGAGGCCGCUGAGGAGAGGAACCGAGAGAACAUGGUGAGUGCGUGGGAGGGAUGGAGGAAUGUUGUGAGGCUACUCAAAACGGAACAGGGAGUUGCAGGUGCAGGCGAUGCUGGUGCUGCAAGAAGAAGCAGCGGAGGAGAGGAACGGGCAGAACAUGGCGGCCCUAGCAGCGGCAGCAAGCUACUGCUCACACCUCCAGAGGUGGCUGCGGCCCUAGCAGCAGCAGCAAGCUACUGUUCUCACCUCCAGAGGCGGCUGUCUGAGCAGCAGGGGCAGCAGCAGCGGAGGCAGAUGCACCAGCGGGCGCAACAAUUUCUCAGUGAGGAGGGCGUGCGGUCGCUGCUGCAGCAGGAGGAGCAGCAGCGCAGGGACCACCGGCUGGCUCUAAGGAGCAUCAUUCAAGCGCUGUCGGAUUCGCUGGUGAAACUGCCCACCCACCCCUCCAGCACGGUGAAUGCAGCGCGGCUCAAGGAGCAGUUAGACGGCCUGCACGAACUGCUCACAGCCAUGCAGCCCUGUGCUGACGACCUCUACCAGUGCUGCUCCUUGCCCUCUAUCCCCUCCCUCGCCUGCUUCCCCGCUCGCUCCUCCCCCUCCCACGCCAUUAGAGCCUGUGUUGUGGAGCUGUUGAUGGAGGAAAGGUCCGGCUCGCCUGCUAGGUUUCGGAUAGGAUACGCUCUGGUGCAGAAGAAAAUCAACAGCUUUUUGCAGGAGAAGCUUCAGAGGGAGUCUAUUAGGAAAGGUAUCGAGCUGGUAAAAAUAGAUCUGUCGAAACCGCUAGCAGAGCAAGGACCUUUUGACGCCAUUCUUCACAAGAUUCCAUCGCAACAGUGGUAUGAGGAGUUGGAGGAGUAUCAACUGAGCAGACCAGAUGUGCUUGUCAUUGACCCACCAGAAGCCAUCGCGCGGUUAUACAAUCUCUACGUCGUGGGGAAUCAAGUGAAGUGUCUUCGACGGAAGUCAUUGCCUGAUCCUCAACCGCAAGACCUUGCAAACCCUGAUGGAUUAAGAUCAUUUUGUCAGGUUUCCAAUCUCCCCGUCCUGGCAGCAGCGAUUAUUCUAUCUGCUGCCACUACAAUACCGGGUAGUUAA